CGGCAACUGACAAAUACCCAACGGACUAUUCGCCAAACCACCAUUUCCCCCCAACCUAAAGCGAUUACCACCUUCAUGACAUUGGACAUCUAGACAAGUAAUUUGCAUGAGAGGAGCACGUCUUGCUUUCUUUCACUCUUUCGGGACGCAUUUUGAGCAGGCGCGGGGUUAACUUUGGAAGCACAUGAGAAGGCACGACGGAAUAUCUCAAGACUUCUUACUACAACACCUUUCCGAUCGCAUCUAGACAAUACCGGCUUGGCAUCUACCCAUCUUCAGACUACACGGAGUGAAAUUCGAUACAGCAACAUACAUUGGGCAAUCGGAACUACCAUUAGACGCAUUUGAUUUCAUCGCAACCCACGACUACCAUGGCCGAUUUUCGGAAACUUGCACUCGAGUUCGUGCUCAGCGACGAUACUGAGAGACAAACAGCAAUCACACAGGAGGCAGCUUCGGAGAUCCAGUCAGCACCCAGACCUAGCAAUCCAGUUGCAAGAUGGGUAGAAUCUAUUCGACCCUGGAUGCCAAGCGCAAAUGAAGACCAGGAUGACGGCGAUGGUGAUGUCAUUGCACGGUCCAAAGCUUUGAGUUUUCUAGCAGGGACUCUUGAGCAUCUGGAUCCCACAUUCCUCAAAGCCGAUCAAACCAACCUCCUGGUGGCUUUCUUUGGAAGCAUGUUCAAGGUCGACCACAAGGCUGGCAUUAUGCCUGCUGCCAAGGCUCUUGAUCGAACUGCUGGCAUGAAGACUUUUCAGCCACAAAAGGGAAAUGACAUUAUCCAGAGUGUGUGCAGCCUUGGUGAUGAUUUCAAGUCCCAGGUCGCAGAAACCCGUGCAACAGUAUAUGAACUUCUGGACCAUCUUAUCACCAACCCGGAUGUAGCAAACGACUUGCAGUACCAACACGGCACGACCUCGGGCUUCAUCACAGAUCUUUUGCAACUCUGUCGCAAUGAGCGAGACCCCAAGUGUCUGAUGACUUGGUUCAAGAUCCUGAAGGUCUUUCUUUCAGACUACUCCCCUGCACCGGAGGUUGUGGAUGAGAUUUUCAGUAUCUUUUCAGCAUACUUCCCCAUAUCGUUGAGGACGUCACAGCAUCCUUCGGGAAUCACGGCGGAUGAUCUAAAAUUGGCCUUGAGGGCUUGCUUUUCGGCACAUCAUCGUGUCGCUGACAAGGCUAUUCCAUACCUCCUUAGCAGGCUAGACCAGCCGGAUAGUGUUAGUGUCAACGUCAAGGUUGACAUCCUCAAGACCAUGACCGCAUGUCUGAGCGGCUAUGAACAUGUUCAGCAAGGAGUCACCCCCUUUACCAACAAGAUUUGGGACAGUCUCAAGUAUGAAGUCCGCAAUGGGGAGAUCGAGGACACCAUCAACGCCACCUUGGAAGUCAUCCGAACAGUCGCCAAAAGACUUACCGGCGACGAGCUCAGGGAUUUUGCCCUGACUGUUCAGAGAGACUGCUUGGAGGACCUGUCAAACCCGAUCUACACGGCAGCCUCAGGAAAGCUUUUGAUCUCCAUCCACAGCGCAAAGCCAGCUGCCUUUGCACUCAUGAUCUCCCCGUCUGUGACCCAUAUCAAGGAGAAUCUCCGCCACACAAAGUCACCUGACCACACGAAGAAUCUCCUGAUACUGCUGAAUUCUCUACUCGAGUUGCGGUUAGCCCUAAUUGGAGGAGGCGUGGAGCUGAGUGUCGAGGACGCCGAGGCCUUCAAAUCCACCGAGCCGCUACUUGCCCCCAUCUACAAGCAGACGUACCUGCCUCUUUUCCAAAAAGCUCUACAAGAUACUGCGCAACCCGAAGAUAUCACCAUCGGUCAACAGGCAACCAAAGGCCUGGGGUUGAUGGUAUGUCAGAGAGCAGCUCAAACAGGACAGUCGAACCAGCCGAUGCUCCCGGAAGAAACACUAAAUGAAAUUUGCGACAACCUAGCAACUCUUGCGCUUCAAGCCCCCGACGGACCGGCGAAGGACAAGAAUCAACUCAAGUUAUCCGACGAGGCUGCUAUUGCUUUACAAAAGGCUGCGAUGGCACACCCGCCGGCGCAACCCAUGCUCAUCGACACAUGCUUCCGAGUCUGUGACGCGUACAGUGCUUCCCCUUCGGCCAACAACUUGGACAGCAUGUACAAUGUUCUCAAUCACAAUCUCGCCAGACUGGCCUACGUCUUUUGCUCCGAAUCUCCUCGCUCUGAGAAGCUCAAACACUACACAUACUUCAUGCAAGCGCUUCUGGUCAACCUCUACAAGAUGCAGGAUGCCAAAGCUGACCCGAAAAUUUGGUCGGUCAUUGCUACUUACAUUUUCUCGGCCAUGAUUCAGUUCAAGGAAGGAGCCAAAGAACUCAUCAGCCCGCCCGUCAAGAACAACUUCAGCGACACGCGAUUCGACGACAACUGGGUUAGCUACGUGGCAAACCAUUUCCCUAAUAUGCCAUGCCUGCCUGACGACCAGAUCGUCUCGACGCCAGCGAUGGACGAGGGCAAGGAAGUUGACAAUCUUCAAGGCGAUUUCGCCUUGAUCAAUCUGUACGUCACUCGACAGCUCUACAGACGGGCCACCAAGAUCAUCAGUUAUGCCGACAAUUCCGAGCUUUCACUUGCCUUGAGCGACGACUUUGGCAAGAAGGAUCCGGAAGACAAGAAUGAAGAGGAUAUCUACUUGCAACGCCUCUCGACUAUUGCGACGUUCACUAUCCAGCACAUGAGCGAAUACCAGCAGACUAACCUGCUUCUAAACGAAGAAGUCGUAACACUCUUCCGUGGAACCGACCAGUAUCACCAUCCCAAUCCCAACGAGACCCACAGCUGGAACAACAGUGAGCUGCGAGUGGCCAUGCUGAGGACCAUGGGUCUUCCGCAGACUCCUUACAACAUGAGAGAUCCUCCCCAGUUUCCCAUCAGUGGUUUCAGCCACGGCCGUACUGUCAUCCUCUCCUUGGGCAUUAUCCAAGCUUUCCAUCCAACUACAGUCGAGCGUUUGGUUGAAAGAGGAACCGCACACCAGAUCUUGAUUGCUGGCCUUCUAACCAGAGACCACUCAGACUCGCCAAAGUGCCGCCAUGUCGUUAGGGCGAUUCUGUCUGUCAUCGCCAACAAAUACAAGGUUGAGAACUUGAACGAUAUCGUCCAAAUUAUGGAAUAUCAAAUGAAUUUUGUUGUCAGCGAAGAGAGACUGUCUGGCCAGUUGGAGCAAAUCACUGGCUACCUCGACCAUGAAGAGAAUGUGGUGGCGGGAAAUACCCCCAACGACCUCAGAGCAGCGCUGGCAAAGCCUGUAUACGCGAUUGUAGUCGGCAUUCUCCGACGCUACACUGGUAACGCUCUCAAGAACGUUCUCACGGCUAUCACUCAAGGUCCUGGUAAUAAGAAGAUUGGCCACACGCUUGCUCGCAACAUGGACUUAAUCUUCGGUGACGUGGAAUUCGCAAAGCCCGAGUUCUAUGGUCAGCUUAAGAAGCUCUGGGUGCAGAGAGCUUACUACGAGUUGGUCAAGCCCAUGCUGCCCAAGGCUUGGCCUGCUGGCUCGAACAGCAAGGAUGAUAUGCUGGUAGCCGCCAACUACAGCAUUGCAGUCUUGAGAGCAGUCAGGCACAUCAGGUACGCACACUACGAGGACGACACGGAGGAUCUCAUCCGAAUCAUUCUCUGCGCGAUCCGCAACCUGCCGGCUAGCGCAGAUGUGGCAGCCGGUCUUCAGAUCUUGGUGGCCGUCACAGAGAACUCGCCCAGACGCAUGCAGCCAUUCCUCAAGAGCGUCAUCGAUGCCUCCCUGUCGAUCUUUAGAAAAGACACGAAGCAAGCCGGCGAAGACAACGCCUGGAUGCCGGAAAACUACAUGCCCUUCGACCGUUCCGGAUUCCAGGAGGCGCAAUGCCGGGCCCUGGUCGUCCGUCUCAUCGGACAACUGCCGCCCAACUUUGAGCAUCGCCAUCUCCUUGACUCGGCGUCCCAGGCCAAGCGCUUGCUGGCUCAGGCCUCUGGUGACGAGUCGCGAAUGGUCAGAGAGGCUGCUCUCAAGUCUCGUAAGGCUUGGGACGAGAUCAACUGAAGUAUGGUGAGUUUCCAGAGCUUGAAGUAGUUUCGAAAGAAUGAGUUGAACACAAGGUGGUGGCUUUGCACUUUUGGCAUGGGUCAGUCGAGUUUGAAUUGGGUUUGGUCGAGGCAGGAAAGUGAUGGUCUGUUGGUAUAGGGGGGCGGCGACUCACAUGUUGGAACAAGGAGUGAGAGACGAGGUAUUUGGUGGACUUGCAUGAUGGUGAGGGUUGAUGGCAUGGCGAGGCGUUUGGAGGUCCAAUGGAUCAUCAGUAUUAGACGACCAGCAUCCAGUUUAAUGAGACAAGAAUCACACAAGGCAUUGCAAUGAUUUGACUAGAGACACUUUGGUUGCUGCGCAUAGAUGCUGUCCAGAGUAUAAGCCGGUCGAGGAAUGGAGCGAACAAUGAUGAUUAACACCAAGGCAUAGAUGCGCAACUGUAGCACUCUGGAGCAAUAUACUAAGCAAAACCACAGACACCAUGCUUUUGACGGUUCCAAUUAUCCGUAAUUUACACAAAAAAGUUUAUUGGCAAGCCCCAUGCGAAAGCAAGUCCGAACCACCUCCGGUCCGGCCCUGUCUAUGCCUUGCGUCUCUUGCUGCCACCCUUGGCCGCCUCCGCGCCGCUCCCCGUCGCCGUGCUCUCCGCGUACAGCGCGUCGAGGACGUCGGUUGAGUAUCCCUGGGAGGCGGAUGUGAUACGCUUGGGGUCGAGCUUGCCGACGGCGGGGAUGUUGGUGGCGAGGAUCUCCUGGAAGGGGACCGCGACGAAGCGGCCUUGUGAGUCGAACCACUGGUUGAAGGGUUGUGAGAGGUUGAUGACUUUCUUUUCGCCGUUCUUCGAGGUCAGGGUGAUCUUCAUGUUGUAUGUCGGUACGUUCUUCUUUGUGGAUGUCGCGAUGUUGACCUGUUUCGCGGGCGUGUAAGUCAAGAUUUGUCCAUAUCCUGGAAGCACAUCCAGCUAGCUGCUGGGAGGGCACGAAAGAAAGCAAA